AUGAGCAAAGCUCACCCUCUCGAGUUGAAAAAACUUAUGGACAAGAAGUUAUCAUUGAAGUUAAAUGCUGGCAGACAUGUUCAAAGAAUAUUGCAGAGAUUUCAGCCCUUUAUGAAUCUUGUGAUAGAGGGAUGCAUGGAGAUGGCAACUAGUGGGCAACGGAACAAUAUUGGAAAGGUGGUAAUACAAGGAAACAGUAUCAUCAUGUUAGAAGCCUUGGCUUCAGAGAGCUGGCUGGUCAUCCCGUCCCUUCUGCCAAGUGAGGACACAGCAUUCAUCCUCUCUGGAGAGCACAGCAACAAGGAAGCAGAGAGAGCAGUGUAUCUGCCGGCACCUUGGCUUCAGACUUCCUAG